UGCGGCUUGGAGGGAGGGUCGGCGCUGGUGAUACUAAAUACAAAGGAUCCUGCACCUAUCAACGACGAGGCAUUCUGGAGAGGCAACCUCCCUUUUCCGGCAAUUCUCUUUUAUUUUUCCUUUCGUCCCUUCGUUUUCCAUCUCAGUUUUUAGUAUACUAUAAUUUUAAUUCUGCUGGUGUAUUCGUGAGCCAGAACGGCUUUCGUUUAAUACAAGAGCACGCUGCCGCACUCAAUGACCGUUAGGCGAGCGAGUUUCUCCGCGGCUCAUUCCAUGGCCGAUAAUUCAAUCGAUCAGGGAGAUCGCACACCAGGCAUCGCCGUCAACCAUAUCCCGCUUCACCUGCGACAGGACUCGCGAUCCAAGGACUCACUCAGCGACAAGGCUCCCACCACGCCCCGGUCCAGCAUCGAGAGCCAGGGCGUCGCCGCCCCCUUUGCCCAGCGCAAGCAGUUCCCUGAAAAUCUGCAUUUUGCUCCUCAUUCAUUCCGCCUGCGCUCAAGGACCGCCUCGACAAGGAGCAGCAUCUCCUCGGCCAACGUGCCCGACUCUGCCACCACUUAUUCACACUCGACGCUGGCCAGUCCCAUCAGCACCAGCUACGCCAGUGACCUCAGCGACUUCUGCGGCCAUUCUAUCGAUACAUCACGUCCAGCCAGCCGAGUCUUCCAUCGGCGGCACCGCUCUUCCACGGGAUCUCUUUGUUCAGCACACGCCAACGACGAUGACGACGCUUUUUCUUUUGCAGGAUACCCGGACCUCAGCGCUAGGCUACUGGAGAUUCACGUAGCCUCCCCAGUCACUCCUGUUCCCUUAAGUGAUAGUGACUAUCUGGAUCCAUCUACAAGCUCGUCCAAGGUCUCUCCUAUCAAAGAAGAAGAGGAAAGUUUGACUCCAAGUGACUCCUAUCAAUGGCCGCCGCUUGAGACCACUACUACUGAGCCGUCUCUCUCGCCCAAGUGGGACACAGCAUCGUCCGCUUCAGACGACGUGUCUUCCCAGGACACAGAUGCUAUUCUAAAUUACACCCUUCAAUUAGUUUUCGGGGUAGACCUUCAAGAAGAGUCAUCUAAAGUGACGCCGGCGGUACGACGCCUUGUAUCCAAGUUUGUUGGUGAUGUUGGGAGCUCUUUUUGGACCUCGCUAUCAGACGCUGAUAUGACACAAGUCAUGUCAUCUUCAAGCAACUCCUCGACUCCCUCGCAAGGCGGUAGCUCACAAGGUGGUAGCGGAGGCGGUGACUCCUCGUCCGCAGGCAAGAGAAAGAAGCAAACCCGAGGGGAUGAAGAUGAUGGGGAAUUCACCGAUGGCGAGGGCUUGGGGUACAAUCCUCUCAAGAAGCUGCGCCCAAAUCCCAAGGAUGACGAGAACUUACGCCUGAGCUGCCCAUACAGAAAGAGGAAUCCAUCGCGUUUUAAUGUCAGGGACCAUCAUUCCUGUGCCAUGACAUAUUUUCCCAAGUUUGCAGAGCUGAGACAGCACAUUGUCAAACAGCACAAGCGAGAUGACCCAUCUGCCUUCGUUUGCGAUAGAUGCAACCGUGAUUUCCAUACUCGAAAAGAGCUUCGUGACCAUCAGCGUCUGCCCAAAGAGGAAAUGUGCGACAUAUUGGAUCACGAUCCAGAGUCAGGGGUCGAUGGAACCACCUCGAUCAAGCUCCUGUCUCGUAAGAGAGCCAGUGGAGCCUCUCCCGAGGCUCAGUGGAAAGAAAUCUGGAAUAUUCUGUUCCCAGAUGAUGAAGACCACCAGAUUCACCCAUACAAUUUUACUCCCGUCAUCGAGCAUUUCGAGCUUUCCAAUUACUACAUGUCAUCUUUCGAAGUCCUACACUCUUCUCUUCGCGACAAGAUCUCAAAUCCUGCAACGCUUGAGACUUUGACCUCCAAAUUCCAACAAUGCUUCAUGGAGGCCGUAGAGCGAUGCAUAGGCGCCGCACAGAGCAUGCCCUACACAAAUCGCAGCAACAAGAGAAACGAGCCUUCUCGCGUGCAGAGCUUCCAAAAUCUUAUCCCACGAAAGGGAAGGGAAAUACUCCCCCGCCCUGACUCUGGCGUUGUCAUGAUGGAUGAAUGUUCUGAAGAGAGCGGCAGUAUCAAGAACUCUGUUUACGGCCCCCGAGACAGCGUUCGAACCAUUGUCAAGGACAGUGGGCAAAGGCGCGGCAGCAAUUUGGCUCCCGAACCGUCGACAACGGAACCUACGCCAGCGGCGAUGAACAUGCUGGAUCAGAGCUUUUCGGGACACAUGCCAUUCAUGGCACCCAUGGCCGCCACCAACCCGAUGGAUCCUAUGGCUGUUCAGUCUUGGAACAAUGGCGUUUCAGAUCCUAAUGACGGAGACAUUGCCAACAGUUUCCCAAUGACUGACCAAUUCUAUGCUCCGGGAGAGCUCACGCCGCACGGAGACCUAGGAAGCUGGGGAGGCGACUAUUAUCAGUCCGCAUUUCAGGGGCUUAAUGACCACCAUUUCAACCCCUUUAACGACGGGAUGAGCUAAAUGAAGCUGUAGACAUGUGCUGGUUCUAUAUACAAGAUUCCAUGCAUGAAGAAUUAUUGUCAAUUCUGUAUUACUAGAUGUACUAAUACUCUUAUUUUGCUUUUGAUUGCUUGAAUAAUGCUAUCGAGCUAAUGGCUGCUACAUGCAGCUAAUAUAUAUAUAUAUAUACUAUAAUACAGUGCCAU